UCCUCUCUUAUUUAUGACAAUACAGAUCAUUUAUUGCUUUUUUGAAUACUUAUCAAAGAUUCUUGAUCAGAUCUUAAGUCGUCAUAUGAAACAUGCUAAUGAGAUUUGCUUUGAUGAAUAGAGAAUCCAUUAAAGAAAUGCUCUGGAGAAAACCCAAGUGCGCAGAAAGAUUUAAGCCAAUCUUUGGCUUGAAGAUGAUGGUGGUUGGUUUUGGGGAUGAUUUUUGCCGGCAACCGAUCCUCAUCUUUUCCCCAACUGGAUAACACCAUGUAAUGAUUCUUGUGGGGUCUGUAAACUUUAGACAGAUUGGCCAGCUGUGGCCAAUGACCCACCAUCUCACAUGCUCAGCCAAUGUGGUUUUAACUCACCCAUCACUGCCUUUUUCCUCCCAUUCUAAAUUCUAUAUAUCCUGAAAGAGAGAGAGAAGAAAAGGGAAAAAAAAGUAAUUCUCUCUUUAGUUCAUUUGCUAACAGACACCCACCCAACAAGUUAACUCUCUUAUUGCAGUUCUGAGUUUAGACAAACAUGGAAGUUGCUGCUUUGGAACUUGAAGAUGAUUUGUUCUUUGCUGAUUUGAGCAGACAGCUUUCUCUUCUUCUCAUGGAUGACAACGAAGACCCUCUCCCUCAUCCACAUGUUUCUCUUCAGGCUCUGUCUCAUGGAGUGCACUACCCUACACGGCCACUGGUAGCACAUGAACAAGCCACCGCCGCCGUUGCCGCUGCCUACAGUGGCGUAAGCAAGGGCACCGGCGUGUUCAUCCCUAGGUCCCUGCAGCCUGCAAGAAAACAGAGGCGUGGAAGACAUAAUAACAUAAAGCCAAACCGACAGUUUCAUAUCAGUAUUGAUGUGAACUCACGAGUAUCAUCCAACAACCAUUCGAUCCGUCCUAAAAAGGCUUGAGGAUUCGAAGAAUUCAAGGAAAAGGGUUAUCAUAAUUCAGAUUUAAAAAAAUAAUAAUAAUAAUUCUUUCACCAAGUAUUAAGUUAAUGGUGAUGACUGUACAUGGAAGAAGAAGAAGAAGAAGCUAAUAGUAUUAGGCUAUGUUAAUUACUGGGUUGUUAAAUUGGUUUAUGUGGUUCAUUGGAAGGUUGAUUAACCUAAGGUUUGUGAACUUCCUCUCCCCCUUUUGUGAAAAAUUUAUGAUUGUUCUAAUAAUAUGCCAAUUCCAUUAUCUCCCUCUCCAAUUUUUGUUUUAUGGGUUGUGAGUUGUAACUUUAGAGCAAGAGAGCUGUCUUGAAAGAAACA